CCAAUUGCUUCCCAGGAAAUAAAGGGCCCAGGACUAAAUCCGCGACAAUGCGAUCUCGAAUUCUGAGGACUGAGGCCCCAGUCUGUCAACUAAGCUCCUUUAUUUCGACUGGCCCGUCGAUACGAGCACGGCCUUUACGACUUCCAACGUCGUCCCAGAAGCUCCGACCAUUCUCUUCUAGCCAAAGGACGUUCGCAAAUAACCAACGAACCCCCACCAAUUCAGACUUUAAAGCUCACCCGAUUUACGUCAAAUCUACCAUACCAGCUCAGUAUGAUGGCGCGAAACUAUCUGGAGCCAUUGAUGCAAGAGUGGUUGAAAGCGACUUGGACAAAGCCGCAUCGCUCCGAGAUGAUCUGAUAACGAAGGAUGGCAUUCCUUCUGACAAUGAGACGGAGGCCGUACUUGACGCAUAUCAGCAAAUAGCCGACAACCUAAUGAAUCCCCCCGAUCCCGCAGCAUUGCCAAAAGAUGCAUCGGCAACCUCUGCGCUACUUUCGAUUAAAACGGCUGCGAAGCCCCGCCCGACUGUCCAUGCACACUCCCCAAUUGUGGACGGAGCUUCCAGAAAGCUGUCAGACCUCGCGCUGUCGGUAUUACAGCACCCGCCAAUCUUCAUUACUCCCAGCAUACUUCGCCGCUACGUGAAGUUGCAGUCGACAUUAAAGCGCCCGGAGACGCUGCCUACGGCAUUCCACCUAUAUUCUACGAAGCCAGCCCCUGUGGACGGCUCGUCGCCUGUGAAAUACAAGAAGGUCAAUCCAAAUAAGAGCGCCAAUUCAAUUGAAGCAAAGAUGGCGGAUCUUGCUCUGCAAACUGCUAUCGAAUCCAAGGACCUAGUCACAGCGAUGGAUAUUGUGGACACAACGUAUAACACGAAAGCGUUUCGCCGUACCAGAUUCAUUCGAAGGGCGCUUUUACCCGUCACGGGUCUCGCAUUGGCGCCAGCAGCUGCCUAUGCUGUUGCAACCCAGCUCUCACUCUAUCAAACGACCAUGGAUCCCACUGUUGCUACCAACGUUGCUUUCGUUGGUAUCUUGGGAUAUAUCGGGUUUACAACAGUUGUUGGUGUCGUGGCCGUGACAACAGCAAAUGACCAAAUGGAGCGCAUCACCUGGGCCACGGGUAUGCCGCUGAGGGAGAGGUGGAUCCGAGAAGACGAGCGUGCCGCCAUUGACAAAAUAGCGGGCGCUUGGGGCUUCCGCCAGGUCUGGCGUAGAGGAGAAGAAGAGGGCGAGGAGUGGGAGGCACUGAGGGAGUGGGUUGCCAGGAGAGGAAUGGUCCUUGAUAGGAGUGAGUUGAUGGAAGGCAUGGAAUGAAGCAACGAACGUCUCUCGUCCUCAUCUAGGUCUCCAUCGAGUCUCACAGAUCCGGAUUUCCACUGGCAAACAUGUAUAAGUACGACUGUCAUAAUAUCCGCAGACCCAAUAGUAGGGUGGUAGCAUUUGGCGCAAGGAGUUACCAGCGCAUCUGUAUUUUAUAAAUCUGUAUUUUAUAAACUGUAUAUAGAAGGCUCCACAAUUUCAAGCAUGCGUGGCCAAGGAAUUCCCUAUCAUCAAGCAGA